GCUGACCAAUGCUCUGCAUUUUCCUUUGCGCGUUUAGCCUAUCGGAGACGUAGGGGGUGGAGUUCCGGUCGUAACGCUGUGCGCCUUGACAGACCUCGCGUUUCCUCCCGCGCCGGUUGAGGGCUUGCAGUUGAGGUAUAUUUCACCGGGACCGGUCGGGCUCUUUGACGGGCAGGUCUCUGACGGACGGCGACAGUGUAGGUUGAGUCUAGAAAGCCACAGUCGCUGAUUCUGUAGCACGAGGAGUUCUGAGGGAAGUGGGGAGGGCCUGGGAGGAGAGAGACACGUGUUGAAGCUUCUGGUGCGGGGUGGGAGCCCCUGGACCGCACCCGUGCUGUCCCUGCUCCGCGUCCUUAACGCGGGUUAGGUUUUGGGAUCGCUGGCCCCAGCGUCUCCUGUAGGUUAUCUUUCGGUAAAAGCGAAGCGCCGUUCACCUAGUGUUCAAGAAAGGGUACCCAGGGCCUGUUUUUAUUUUUCUCCUGUGCCUCACUCUUUUGUUACCUCUCGAGUUUGUUAAUUUUCGAGGUCGGAAAGCAAAUUUUAAUUUGGGAAGAGCCGUCCUGUAACAUAUAACACAGACUGUGAGACCAGCUAUGUUAAGCACUGUGCGUAUAUUUCAUAUAAUCCACACAGUAAUCUAAGGGGUAGUAGUAUUACUGUUCUCAUUUUCACGCAAAGGAACAGACUGCUUAGUAACUCGUCCACAUGUUUUCUUCAGCCCGUCUCUUGACAAACUUGAGUGUGGCAUUCGGUUUGCGAGGACAUAAAAUUAAAAUAUGCUGUUGUAAAAUGUGGCAUCUGUUUUCUUUCCGAGCUUGAAGUUAUUUCAGAAGCCAGUGCAACAGACCCAUAGGUAUAUUGAUAUUAUCGAUGUAAAAGAUCAUCUGGUAGAAGACCUUGGACUAGGAGCCGCUUCCACCUUUUCAGCCACAUCUUCCUCAACUGCAGAAUUGAAAUCAAUACCAGACAUGACUACUAUCUAGAGUUGUAGACAUUACAUGGUAUCAAAGUGAGAUCUGAAGAAGGUGAUCACCAGGAACACCAACCUCCAGAAAUAAAUUUGUACUGCACUUUGAAUACUCCUCCUGACAUGGAGAGGAUUGAGGAACAAUUCGCUAACCUGAACAUUGUUAAACGUUCCUCGGGGACUACAGAGCCUACUUACCUGCUGGGUAUAGAUGCAUCAAAAACCGUACAAGCAGAAAAAGAAAGCUUGAUUGCUGUUUUAUGUUCUAACGGAUCAAUCAGAAUCUAUGAUAAAGAGAGGUUAUACAUACUACGAGAAUUUCGUGGCUAUCCUGGGCUUCUCAAUGGAGUCAGAUUUGCAAAUUCUUGUGACAAUAUAUAUUCAUCAUGUACUGACGGCACUGUAAAAUGUUGGGAUGCUCGAUUAGCCAGUGAAAAACCUGUCCAGCUGUUCAAGGGUUACCCUUCCAAUAUUUUCAUUAGUUUUGAUAUCAGCUGUAAUGAUCACGUCAUUUGCGCUGGUACAGAAAAAGUUGAUGAUGAUGCAUUGCUGGUAUUUUGGGAUGCAAGAAUUAAUUCUCAGGAUUUGUCUACUUCUAAAGACCCACUUGGAGCAUAUUCAGAGACACACAGUGAUGAUGUCACUCAAGUACGCUUCCAUCCCAGCAAUCCCAACAUGGUGGUCUCCGGUUCAACUGAUGGCCUGGUGAAUGUAUUUGAUAUUAGUAUUGAUAAUGAAGAAGAUGCACUGGUUACGACCUGUAACUCUGUUUCUUCCGUAAGCUGUAUUGGUUGGUCUGGGAAGGACUAUAAACAGAUUUAUUGCAUGACGCACGAUGAAGGAUUUUGUUGGUGGGAUCUUAAUCAUCUGGAUACUGAUGAACCAAUUACACGUUUGAACAUCCAGGAUGUCAGAGAAGUAAUUAAUGUAAAAGGAGGCAUUUUGGACUAUUUGGUUGGUGGCCUGUAUCACGAAAAAAUGGACAAAUUGUUUGUUGUUGGGGGAACAAACACAGGAAUUAUUCACUUACUGAGCUGUACUACAGCAGGAUUGAUUCAUGUGACCAGCCUUCACGGAGGGCAUGCUGCUACAGUCCGUUCUUUCUGUUGGAAUAUGCAGGAUGAUUCUUUGCUAACCGGAGGGGAAGAUGCACAGUUGUUACUUUGGAAACCUGGAGCAUUAGACAAGACAUUUACAAAGAAAGACAGCAUGAAAAUAGCAUCCUCUGUGUACCAGCGAGUUCGAGUUCACAGUAAUGAUUCUUACAAGAAAAGGAAGAAGCAGUGAUGUGAUGUUGGGAGCUUCCUUGAAAGGUUUUAUAGUCGCAAGUAAUUAUCUUUGUGUUCUACCUGUGAUAGAUCUGUUUAAAGCUCAUAUGUAAAAACAAGCCAGUUAGCAAACAAUCCUGGAAAAACGCUGAAAAUGGUUUAAUUCAGGUCUUCAUGUAUUCUAAAAUUAUUUUUUUUUAAGCUGCCAGUUGAGUAUAUAAUCAGUGAGUUGAAAGUAAAAUUACAUUCCUCAUUUUUAAAACCCAUCUGUUGAGUUAGUAAAUGUUGGGUUUCAAGAAAUAGCUUUGAUAAGGACUUUUUAGAAGUAGAUGGCUGAUAUGACUUUAAAAAAUCAGGUGGUUUGAGCUAUAUUUUGUAAGCUCAGUUUUUUACAUUUUAAAUCAUCUUCAUUAUUUAUAAAACCAAAUCAGACUGUUUUCUGUCAGAGCUCCUACUUGCUUAAUACACAUAGAUUAUGUUGGAGUAUUUAAAUGUAAAUAUUCUAAUGAUUCUAAAUAGUACUAAGCUUUUUUAGAAAUAAAAUGAUUUGCAUCUAUUUAAAAAUAUAUAUUUAGUAAAUAUUUGCAUCUAUAUUUUAAAAUGGUUAAAUAGUAAGCAGGUAUUUCAUUGAGGAAAAAGAAAUUAUCUUGCAAAAUUCAUUUUGGGUCCGUGGAAAUAUAACAAUGAAAGUAUAAUAGCAGAAUGACUUUUUUAUUUCAAAGUAGUCUAUUAUUUUGUGAUAAAAUUUUCUUUCAUAGUGCUUUAAUCAUAUUUUUAAACAUAAGAGCCCAUGGGGAGUGGGGGCCAUGCAAGAGUUGGCCGCCAGAGUUUAAAGGGGGACACCACCAUAAUCUAAUUUAAACGUGAAUUUUUGUUUACUGCUAAUUUUUUCAUCCUUCUACGUAUUUUUCCAAGGUAUCCUAAUAAAAAGCUGGUCACUCUAAAGGUUUAGUAUGUUCUUACGUUUAAUUAAAAAUAAAAAUAUCUUUUUAUAGAUAAAAAUAUUUAUAAAAAUAUUUUAGAACGUUUUUAUCUUUUGAACUAAAAAUAUGCUUGAAAAAUACAAGCAUUACUUUAGAACCUUUUACAUUUCUCUUUAAAUGUUAAUAGUGACUUAUCUCUGCAAGUAGCAGUGGGGGAACUUUUUAUUCCAUAGAACGAUGCAACUUCUAUUUAGGUAUGAUCUUGCUUAACUCACUUGAGACUGAACAAUACGCAUAGUUAAGUCACUCUUAAACAUAUUCAAAAUGGCGUCUGGGUGGCUCAGUCGGUUGGGCGGCCGACUGCGGCUCAGGUCAUGAUCUCGCGGUCUGUGGGUUCGGACCCCAUGUUGGGCUCUGUGCUGGCUGCUCAGAGUCGGGAGCCUGCUUCCGAUUCUGUAUCUCCCUUUCUCUCUGCCCUUCCGCUGCUUGUUCUCUGUCUCUGUCUCUGGCUCCGUCUCUCUCUUUCAAAUAAUAAACGUUUAAAAAAAUUUUAAAAACAUAUUCAAAAUAGAUAAUUCUUAUUUGGAAAAAUUCAGCUCUUCUUGCUGUUGUUCAAACCAUAACCCGGUGGUUAAUUCUGGACUUUAUUCUUUCCCCCUAACCAGACGAUCACCAAAUCCUUUGCCAUUCCACCUCUUAAAAUCUGUCUUCUGUUCUUUUGCCUUUACCCCACCACUAUCGCCUUAAAUAAGAGUUUCAUCAUUUCUCACCUAGAUUACAGACCCUGUCUCUCCAGUUUGUUCUUCCCACUGUUUCUAGGCUGACCAGAGAAAACACAGAUUUGAUAAUGCCUCAUGCUGCUUAAAAUCUUUGGUACAUUUUGAUCUUUUGAUGGAGUAAGCACUAUAUAAAAAUGAAAAACCAUAUUUCUAAGAUACUUAGGAUUUGAGACAGUGCUGACGA